AUGGCCGAGAAGCAGCCGCUGCUACCAGGCCUCAACCUGCGCGUUAACACGGCGGCCGAGCCUCGGCGCGUCGGGUCCGGGCGCGACACGCCGACGCCGGUCUCGAGCACGCAGAACCGCCAGUCGCGCCAGUGGCGGUUCUCGGUUGUCGAAGAGCUUGCAUCGCCCGUGUUCCGCGACGACUUUGACGAGAUGCCAUGGGACGCCAAGCACGCGUCGACGACGCCCCACCCGUUCGAGUACAACCCCCAGAGCUCGGCGCCGCGGCUCCGGACGCGCACCAACAGCCUUGGCGCGUCGCGUGACGGCGGCAACCAGACGCCAUCGACGACGACCAUCCCAGAGAACGACGCGACCGUGUUUGACGGCGCGUACCACUCGAUGUACAUUUCGCCGCACCCCAAAGGCUGGCGCGGCAUCGUCGUCUUGCUGCAGAGUCCUGUGCUCCUCGUCUUGAUCGGGCUCUUCUCUGCAUUUCUCGGGCUGUGGCUCGACGCCAUUAUCUUGCGUGUGACUGCCUACCACCAAGCGCUCGCGAGCAGCGGCUUUGGCGUCUUCUUCCUCUUCUCCCUUACCGCCGGCAUCCUUGGGACGCUUCUCGUGCACUUUGUAUCGCCUCAAGCCGCGGGCUCGGGCCUGCCGCAAAUGAAAGUCGCGCUCUCAGGCGUCGACAUGCACGAGUACCUCAGCGCGCGCUGCCUCGUCGUCAAGAUGGCGGGUCUUGUCAUGGCGUAUGCGGCGGCGCUCAGUAUCGGCAAGGAAGGCCCGUUCAUCAUGAUCUCGUGCUGCUUUGCCGAGUGUUUGAUGCAGAUGGACAUUUUCCGCCGCAUCCACGACGACUCGGCCAAGCGCCUCGAAAUGCUCGCGUGCGCGUGCGCUUCGGGCGUCGCAGCGACGUUCGGAACACCGUUUGGCGGCGUCCUCUUCGCCGUCGAAGUCACGUCGUCCUUUUACAUGGUGCGGACGCUUCCGCGAUCGUUCUUUGCCGCGCUUGCGGGCUCGAUCACCAUUUCGUUUUUGGUCACGAACGGCAAGUACGGGCUCUUUGACCGGUCCGCGGGCCUCGGCAUCACCGACACGGACUUUACACGCGAAUUCACAUCAGUCGACAUGUGCAUCUUCAUCUUCAUCGGUGUCGUCUGCGGCGUCCUCGGCGCGGUCUUUAUCUUUGUGAUUUCGAUGCUCGUGCGCGUGCGGGAUCGGUGGUUCCUCAGCUCUCGCGGUCCGCGUCUCCUGUACAAGCGCCUUGGCAUUGUCGUCCUCGUGACGUUGAUCGCCAACAUAUUCGAUUUCUUCGGCGACCCCGCAUGGUUCCUGGACCACGGCUCACCACAAACCAUCAUCAACACGCUCUUCACCAAGGCCGACUCGAAGGAAGAGGGCGCGGAGCUCGCGCGGUCCCUCGUCACGUUCUUCCCGCUCAAGUACAUUUUGACCAUGAUCUGCGUCGUCGUGCCGUUGCCCGCCGGGGUCUUUACGCCGACGUUCGUCAUUGGUGGAAUCUUUGGGCGCAUGAUUGGCGAAGCCAUUCAAGUCACGGGCGUCGUCUCAACCGAGUUUGAACCGUUUGAGUUUGCGAUUCUCGGCGCCGCCGCCUUCUCGACUGGCGUCACGCGGGCUAUCUCAACGGCUGUCAUCAUCAUGGAAGUGAGCCACAACGGGUACCUCACGAUCCCCGUGUCCAUCUCCAUUUUGGCCGCGUACUUUACGGGCGGUCGCUUCAUUGAGAACGUCUACGACGUCCUCAUCACAACGUCGCGCUUGCCGCGGCUGCAAAAGCUGCCGAAAGCGGCCUACGACAUUCCGAGCUGGGAAGUCAUGAAGACGGUAGAUGCGAUGGUGGUGCUGAGCGCCGACGCUACGUACCGGCGGGCGGAGGAACUUCUCGCGCUCUCGGCCGACCCCGUCUUCCCCAUCGUCGACUCGUCGCGGUCCAUGCACUUGAUUGGCGCGGUGACCCGGACCCGCCUCCAGCAAGCGAUCGAGUACUGCUACCUCAAGACGCGGCUCAUGCCGGCAACGGCCAAGGACGACCACACCAAGCAGCUACUCGACUGGCGUAUCCAGUUUGCGUUCCGACGGGGUGGGCACGUGCUCGGGCUCGGCACCAACACGAUUCUCGAGCGCACCAAGCUCACGGUGCUUGUGAACCCGAGUCCGUUUACCGUCGUGGGCAUGACCAACAUGCAGCGAGUCGAUACGAUCUUCCGCAUGCUCAAACUCAACAACGCGUAUGUGACGCACUGCGGCCAGCUCGUCGGCGUCAUCUCGCGCGCGCGCCUCAUGCAAUUCCUCAGCACGACGACCAAGUACCGCAUUCCCGGCGUCCUCAAGCACGUGAGCCAUAUGAUCAGUGACUGCUGCCCGAAGGACAAGAAACCCGAGCCCAAAGACGAACCCAACUUUGACGAUUACGUCGAAGUCCCCUAGUUAACAACCCUUGCGAUGGUUCCGAGUAAC